UCGGGCUGUCAUCGUGCUCGGGUGGGUGCUCGCGACCGAAUCCGUAGAAGAAACUGAACGAGACGUGGCCGAUACACUGCCGAUAGCAGCGUCGCGUAAAUCGAGCGAAAGCAGUGCAUUUGCGAGGGGAAAACAAACGACCGGCCGGCAGCGAACACACAAACCAGCGAGGGCGAUGGGUCUGUGCAAGUGUCCCAAGCGGCAGGUGACGACGCAGUUCUGCUUCGAGCAUCGGGUGAACGUUUGCGAAAACUGUAUGGUGGUGAACCACACGAAGUGCACAGUGCAGUCAUACAUCCAGUGGCUGAAGGAUAGCGAUUUCGACUCCAACUGCACCCUUUGCGGCAGUCCCCGUGAGAGCGACGACUGUGUGCGGCUCAUCUGUUACCAUGUCUUUCACUGGAAGUGUCUGAAUGCGAGACAGCAGCUGUUGCCCGCGAACACGGCACCCGGCGGCCAUACCUGCCCGAUCUGCAGCGAGCCCAUGUUUCCGCCCAGCAAUCUGGUGUCGCCGGUCGCGGACGUGCUGCGUGUCCGGCUCGGGCAGGUGAACUGGGGCCGGAACGAGCUAGGCUUACCGUUGAUUUUGGAUGAGAAGCACGACACCGCCGGCUACACGAAGGUUUCCUCCAGUUCCGCCGGCGAGCUGAUGACGGGCCAGAACGGUGCCGGCACCAUGACAGGCUACAGCGACGGGCUGGCUGGCGGACGUGCUAUCGGUGGCAACGGGGGCAACCUAGCGUCGAGCAAGGAACGGCCCGAAACGCCUCAUUCGGUGCUAAAUCUCGACCCGUACGUUAAUAUCGCAAACAGCCGCCGGACGACACUGCUCGCCCGGGAGCCACCGAUCGGUGGGUCCGACCGGGACGACAACAAGUACAAGCGGCGCACGCCGAAGGAAAUCUUCUCGCGCUGGUCCCGCCGGCUGUACGCACCGUCCGCCCGGCCCGUUUGGCGCAAGACCUGGUUCCUGGUCGGAACCGGGCUGCUCGGGUUCGUCUGCAUCGUGUACGUGAUGGCCACGAUCAGCCGAGGGGACGACCAGGGCGACCGGGAGCUCGGCGGCUUCGUGCCGAACCGUAACCUGCCGCACGCGGAAGAGUGACGGCGAGCGGGGUAACUCGGCCGGCGGCCCCUUUUGGUUGAAGGCGUAACCGUCGGAUUAGCAAAACGAAGGAAAAAAACGAAACAUUCUCUGCUCCCAAAUGUGAUGUAUGUGUGCAUGCCUGUGUAUGGAUGUGUGUGACUGUGUGUAUGUGUGUGUGGGUACGCUCCGGAAGGAAAGAGAACGAUUUAUGUUGGUGCGCGCGUGUGUGUUUAUAGAGAGACGAACGAUAGCAUGUCGAGUGGGCGGGCAGGAAAGGUUGAGCUGUAUCACUAUAUAUUAAUAUUUUAAUUGUUUUCAAUUAUAAAAAUACAUUAUCUAUUAACAAUUUCAAAUCAAA